CCCUCCCUCGACGACCGUGCGCUGAGCGCAUGCGCCUUGAGAGGCCGGUUGGGGAGACAUGGAGAACUGUUUGGCGGCCGCGGCGCUGAACGGGGUAGACCGACGUUCCCUGCAACGCUCGGCUAGGCUGGGUCAAGAAGUGCUGGAGCGGGCCAAAAGGAGGGCGGUGGACUGGCAUUCGGUGGAGCUUCCCAAAGGCAGCGUGGGGGUCAUUUCCCGGGAGCGGCCCUACAGAGAAAGAGGGCUGGCAGCCGGCCCCCAUCGCCUUCUCCCAGGAGAGAGAGAAGAAAGACACCCAACCCUCAGUGCUUCCUUCAGAACAAUGGCUGAAUUCAUGGACUAUACCUCAAGUCAGUGUGGGAAAUAUUAUUCAUCUGUGCCAGAGGAAGGAGGGGCAACCCACGUCUAUCGUUAUCACAGAGGGAAGUCGAAGCUGCACUUGUGCUCGGACACUGGGAAUGGUCAGAGAAAAGACACCCCCCUUGGUGUCGGAGGCAUCCGUCAGACGUCAGAGUGUGCGCUAGAGGCAUCCCAGCCUGCUGAGAACAUCUCUAAGGACCUCUACAUAGAAGUAUAUCCAGGGACCUAUUCCAUCACUGUGGGUAUAAAUGACUUGACCAAGAAGACUUACAUGGUAGCAGUUGAUUCAGGACAAAGUGUGGACUUGGUCUUCCCCAUAUGAUGUUGACCAUCACAGACAUCGCCUUUUUCUUGUUUGUUUUUUAAGUAUCAAGAAGAAUAAAGCUACCAUAUAUCCUCUUAAAGUUUACACAUUAAUCCUGCUUUUAAUGCUGACUGUAGAGGGUCAGCCUUCCUAGGAACUGGAGUUUGUCUCUUUCAGUGCCUAUUUUAACUUGAAAGUCCCUUCACCCUCUUCUGCCUGAAGUAAUAAUGUAAUGAUGCUGUCUGAAUAGUUUUUACUGCUUGCUUUCCAAGUAAAGGUUAAUUAUGAUAAUAAAGUGAGAAAUUUGGAAA